UAAAGGCACAUGUUAGAACAGGACAGAACAAAGAUGAAAUUUUAGCCGUCGGAUCAAUCUGGCCUGAACUUUUAGUGAUUGAUGCUCAACCAAUUUUCCUUACUUAAAUACCAUUUCACACACACUGCUUCUACUCUUUCCUGAUUUCCCUGAAAAUUUUCCUUGUACUUGCUUCUCUCUCUUCUUUUUAGACCCCCACAUUUUGUUGAGGUUAGGUUCUGGAGAUGGCGAAGAGAAUGGCAUUGGUGCUUUUACUUAUGGUUUUGACAGUGUCAGCUGUUUCUGCUGAUGAAGAAGCGUUCAUCGGAGUGAACAUUGGAACGGAGCUCUCAGAUAUGCCUCAUCCAACUCAGGUGGUUGCACUUCUCAAAGCCCAGCAACUCCGUAAUGUCAGGCUGUACGAUGCAGACCGUGGCAUGCUUCUUGCACUUGCCAAUACAGGGAUCAGAGUUGCCAUCACCGUGCCCAACGAGCAACUUCUAGGCAUUGGCCAAUCCAACUCAACUGCUGCUAAUUGGGUUGCACAGAAUGUGGUGGCGCAUUACCCCGCCACCAAUAUCACCACAAUCUGUGUUGGUUCUGAGGUUCUGACUGCCAUGCCGAAUGUGGCACCUGUCUUGAUCAAUGCUCUCAAAUAUAUUCAGUCGGCGCUUGUGGCCUCCAACCUUGCCAGGCAAAUCAAAGUGUCGACACCUCUUUCUUCCUCCAUGAUCCUAGAUUCUUUCCCACCAUCUAAAGCCUUCUUUAACCAGACGUGGAAUCCGGUGUUGGUUCCUAUGCUCAAGUUCUUGCAAUCCACAGGCUCAUAUUUCAUGCUCAAUGUGUAUCCUUACUUUGAUUACAUACAGUCUAAUGGCGUCAUUCCGUUAGACUAUGCGCUCUUCAAGCCUCUCCCGGCUAACAAAGAAGCCGUGGACUCAAACACCCUCCUCCGCUACACUAAUGUCUUUGAUGCCAUGGUUGAUGCUGCAUAUUUUGCAAUGGCUGACCUUAAUGUCACUAACGUUCCUGUUCUGGUCACUGAGUCUGGAUGGCCAUCGAAAGGGGAUUCCAACGAGCCAGAUGCCAAUGCGGAGAAUGCCAACACUUACAACAGCAACUUGAUAAGACAUGUGCUGAAGAAAACAGGAACUCCCAAGCAUCCCAGCAUUGCUGUUAGCACUUACAUUUAUGAGCUCUACAACGAAGACAUGAAAGAGGGACCUCUCUCGGAGAAGAAUUGGGGCUUGUUCGAUUCAGAUGGAAAGCCAAUAUACAUUUUGCGCUUGACUGACUCAGGAUCCGUACUGACAAACGACACCACAAACCAGACCUACUGUUCUGCAAAGCCAGGUGUGGACUCGAAAAUGCUGCAGGCUGCAUUGGACUGGGCUUGUGGGCCUGGGAAGGUGGACUGUGCACCGUUGUUGCAGGGGCAAGCGUGCUACGAACCAGACAACGUGGCUGCACAUGCAACAUACGCGUUUGACACUUAUUACCAUCAGAUGGGGAGGGCUCCCGGAAGCUGUGAUUUCAAUGGAGUGGCAACUAUCACUACUACCAAUCCAAGUCACGGUUCAUGCAUAUUCCCAGGAAGUGACAGGAACGGUUCGCUUUUAAACGGCACCAUUCCAGUUAUGGACACGAAAAGUGCAAGCUCUCCAGCCAUGUUCGAAUACAUGAAUGCUUUUUCCAUAGCGAAUGCUCUGAUUGGAGCACUGUGGAUUGCAGUUGUAUCGUAGUCUGCUGCUUCGUUGGCUGAGUUGUGGAUCGCCCUCGAACAACAACACAUGCGAGGUUUCUUGAUGGAUGAAUUAGGAGGAUCAGGUUACCUGUUCGAUGCAUGUGAAUUUUUUGGAGAAGUAGCUUUGUACAGCUUACCAAUUUAUGGUUGUAUUCUUGCAAGUAGACGAGGGGAUUCAAUUAGUUAAUGUGUUCGAUUAUCUAAAGCUCUUGAUUUCAGUUAA